ACCGUAUAGGUGCAUAGCAUAGAUGGGCGGUUGUCAUGAGCUUAUAUCCAGCUGCAUGCUCUGGUAAUACGGUGCGAACGUGGCAACGAGUCUCGCGCCCUGUGAACCUAACAUUGUUUGCCGCACCCAUAGUGCUUGCUGCUACUGGUCUCAUACCCGCCUUGCUUGCGGCCGCCGGCUCUGACAGAGCUCUUCAGGAGGCUACUAUUGUAUUGCUGUAUUAUUGCGUCCUUUGCCCUAUAAUUUUCUGCUGUAUUCAUGAUGAAUGGUGUACGUAGAGGCGGCACGCCCGAGUCGGAUGCCGUGGCCUCCUCCGAGGACGAGCGGCCCUGGCCCUCCUCCACCUCUUUUGGCAGUCUUCCGAGAAAGGAAAAUGGAGUACCUGGGCUACCUGGCAAUAUCUGGUCGACCUCGUCGCAGAAGCGCGGCAGUUUCAAGCUGUCGGAAGCCGCGCAGCGAAAUGCGGCGCGGGAAGCUCGCCUGGGCGCGUCCAAUCCGCCGAGCUCCUUGAGGACGGCCAACACGCCUUCGCCGUCUGUUAGCGAAGGGGCCGAUUCCCUCCCGUUUGCGAUACCGUUGCAGCCGACUCAAAAGGUGCACAGAUCGUUGUCGCAUUCUCAAGGCCAAAGGGAAGCGUCGCAGCCAGCUUUGAGCAGGCUUGCGAGCCCAGGGUCUGGCGAAGGCGCGGCGCUCCCUACCAGCCUACUGGCAAAUCUGGAGGAGGUGGAUGCGGAGCCUGACUCCGAAAUGGGGGGGCCGUUGGCUCAGACGGUGUCUCAUCCGCCCCUCGGGGCUCUACAAAGGGCAUCCACCUAUUCAGCGGCUUACGAUCGAUUGUAUGCGUUAUAUGGUGAAGAAGAAGAACAGCACAACGGGUUUCCCGCUGGUCUACGGGGAAGUAAGGACGACGAUCGGUUUGAUGCGGCGUUUGCUAAUUUGACAAUUGACGCCCCGCACCGCCGCACACAGUGGGAGAGCAACUUGGGAUUCGGGAUCGCGCCUAUCAACGAGUCUCGUCGCCACUCUCUUGCCGAGAUUCCCACCAGGCGCAACUCGUUCGACCAAGAGGACACAAUGGGCUGCAUGCCAUCACGGCCAAAGCACCAGCCAUUGCGGAUCGGUCAUCCCGUCCUACAGAGCAGCGCACACUCCCGCGCCAACCCAACAGCAAUUGAGAAGGAGCCUCCUCGUGAACUCGUUCGUGACAUGCGACACAACGAAGACCCUACGAGAAUGAAUUUCCACAUCCCAGCGAGCUAUAGAGUGCCUUUCGUCGACGUGUCUCUUGUGGUCGGCACCGGCGACACCAUCAUAGAUGAAGGACUGCGCCGAAACAAUCAAAAUGGCUACGGCAUCCCCGCCACUCCCCGCCUACGCAAAGUACUCUACGUCGUAAGCUUCAAAAAUGCACGGGUUGACGUUUUCCACCUGCUCGAGGGCACUGGACUCAAUAUACGCGUCGGAGAUCUGGUCAUCGUCGAAGCAGACCGCGGCCAAGACCUUGGCACGGUUCAGCACGCGAACGUGACUCCAGACGAAGCGCGCAUCUACAAGCGCAAGUAUGCAGAGGAGCAAUACAAGUGGCUUAUGAUGUUCAGCGUCAACAACGAUCCCAAUCGGAACAACCCCAACGCACGCGUCUAUGGCGAAAAUAGCGCUCCCCAAGGCCUAUUCACAAACGCGCCUCCCGCGAUGCAGGGCAUGCCGCGGGAAAAUUACACCAACCUGAAGCCGAAAGCAAUCAAGAGACUUGCAAGCGCUCAUGAGAUCAAGAUGCUCGCCGAGAAAGAGGGCAAUGAGGCCAAGGCCAAGCGCACGUGCCAGCAGAAGGUCGCCCACCUUCACCUCCAGAUGGAGAUUCUUGAUGCCGAGUGGCAGUGGGACUUCCAGAAGAUCAUAUUCUACUAUUACGCCGACCACUACAUUGACUUCAAGCCGCUCAUCGCGGAGCUCUAUCGCAUCUACAAGACGCGCAUUUGGCUGAGCGCUGUCAACCCAGCCAGCUUCUCGCAGCACGCUCAGGGGCAGCCGCCAAGCGGUAUCGGUCCCGGUGCCGUGGUCGCCUACAAUGGCCCCAUGGAUAACACCUACGCUAUGGCUUAUGGCCCCGACCCUGACCCAUACGGAGCCAUUCCUCCAUACCAGAUUGGCGCGUAUGAUCCCAAUUAUCCAAGCAUCCCCGGCAUUGCGAACAGCUUUCCAUCAGCCAACAACGGGCAGGCAGCCGGCAGCAAUGCCUUCACUCCGACUGCGGCCGUGUUCCAUCCUGCGUCGAACGCGACCAGCCCGAUGCCAACCAUGCCGCCGGGUACCGUACCGACCGGUAUGCAAACUGAUUAUGCCUAUUACUACGAUCGUAGCGGCAACAGUGAGCAGAACGCUAAUGACCUCACCAAUGCCAUGACAAACAUCUUGUCACCAACUCCGGCCACCACCGCCGGCGCGUCGCAGCACGCCAACUCGUUCAUGGGAAAUUAUUGGCAGCAAAGCGCGUUCAACGGCUUUCACUCUCCAACCCCCGGCGUCGCAUCUUCUCCGCUGAACAGCGCCUUCUCGCAAUACCCGUGGAACCCAAGCAGCUCCUCAGUCAACCCCGCGGCUCGUGGUCUUGGCCGUCAAGACGCAGGUCCGCCGCAACCCAUCGGAACCGCUCGUCCUCGCUCCAACGGUAACGCGUCUUCGUCAUACACCGCCGCCAACAAUUUCGGGCAGCCGCCGUCAGCAGAGGCAGGCAACGAGCGCGCGCGUCAGUACCGCCCGGCUCCAAGUCCCUCCACCGGCCUUGACCCAUUCAAUCACCGUGGCUCAGCCAGCAGCAAUUGGCGCAGCGGUGCGGUCCUCAACAACUUCGACAGGCACGCUGAGAUUGACACUUGGGUUCGAAGCCAGGUGACUGAGACGCAGAGAGAUGCGGCUCGCCGAGGCGGCUACGCGGACGAAAUGUCUCGGGAGCGCUAAUCAUACAGCACACCAGUACACAAACCUACAAAAACAUGUUGAGAUGCAGAAGAUGAACUUACAAGACAAUUACCUUACACCAACAGUUAUGCUCUCCUUAGCUUACGAUGACAACCUUCACUUAAUACAGCGUGUGAUCCUACAAGCAUCGGCGUUGCGGAACGGCAGAUGGCGAUCAUCCAGGUGGGUAAAAGUAAGGCAAUGGUGUUGUCAUUGGGAUGGGAAAGGAGUGCUUGACUGAUGCUUUCCUACUUGGUGGUAACCUGUACUUUAUGUGUUAGCUGGCCCAGAGCCGCAGACAGAAGGAAUCAAUGGCCCUCUCA